AUGUUAGCAAUUCAUCAAUUUGAGAUACCCACCUCUUCAUAUCUCUCAAGUAUAACAAAUAAUCGCGCUACAGUUACCGGCCCUAUACAAAGUUUAGCGAGGAGAAACAAACCUCGCCCCGAAUCAGGUGGCGUGCCUAAUGAUGACGAACAUACAGCCAGGUGUAAUUCGACAGCCACAAGCCAUAACUUGGAGCCUUCUGACGUGGAAGAUGAUAUUUCCGUUGGAGACAAUCGCAGUGAAACUUCUACCCCGAAAAGGCAAUUGGCAUUUGAAAACGAUUCUGAAAACUAUCAAAAGAAACUAGAAUCUACAGAAAGAGAUUGUCUAUCUCCAGUGGAAUAUAAUACGAACAAUCGAAUAUCGAAUUCUAAUUAUAAUUCACCUUUUAAAGAGGAUGAAAAUGAUUAUGAAAAUCGAACAGACGAACAGUUGAAAUUUUACGACGGUAAUCUCUUUCACUUGUAUAGAUCUGACAGAGAGAGUAACAAAGAUGGUGCGAACGAGACAAACUCAGCAUUCGGACGCAUAAAUGGAUCUCUACCGGAUAGUAUAUAUGCACGGUCCAUGGAUUUGUCAAAGAGUUCAUUUCAGUCACAACUCCUAGCUGGAUUCGCCGCUUCGGUUAUUGCUGGAAACACACAGAGAGAUACACAGGAUUCUUCUGAUCGGCAGCCACCAUCCCGCGCUGCACCAAGUUCCGGCCGCAAGCCACGACGUCGACGUACGGCCUUCACUCACGCGCAGCUAGCAUAUCUCGAACGCAAGUUCCGUUGCCAGAAGUACUUGAGCGUUGCGGAUCGCGGGGACGUUGCCGACGCGCUCAACCUCAGCGAGACGCAGGUCAAGACCUGGUACCAAAACAGAAGGACUAAAUGGAAACGUCAGAAUCAGCUGCGGCUGGAGCAGCUUCGUGCGCAAGCGGCCACAGGUGACCGUGAACUGUCAGCGCACACGCUGCCGCUGGCCUGCGCGCUCCUACCACCAUACCCGGCGUACAUGCACUGCCAUCUAUGA